ACGAAUAACAAUGACAUUGAAGAUGUUUUUAAAGUUGUAUCUUCUUUUCGAUCAUAUAAAUUAUUGCAAUUAUUAUAAUAUAAAUUGUAAAAUAAUACUGCAGUUGUUUAGAGUAUUACUGUAAGACCAUCAUAAAUGCAUUUUUAUGCAACACUUGUAAUACAUAUCAGUUAAUUUUAUAUAAAAUAUAUAAAGUGUAAUGGAAGGGGACACAUAGACAGAUAAGAUGUCAUCUGUGAUGGGGUUGAAACCUGAUUGGCUGUUGGAGUGGAGCAGGAACCCUCCAGCAUCAUCCCGCGAACAGGGCAGAGAAGCAGAAUGCCAGCCCACCUCAGCAGCUGAGCAUUGCUGUGGGAUACGCAACUAUCUAGAGCUUCCUUUUGUGCUGAUUGUCAGCUGCAACUCUUAUAGCAGAGGUUGAAGAUGUCCUCCACACCCCUGGCAGAAGCAGAGGAGGAUGUGUUUGAUCUGACUGAGGCGGUUCCUGAGACCGAACGACUUGACAGCAGCCUACAGAAAGCCAAAGCACAACUGUCAAUCAAAACCAGAAGGCACCGCCCCUCACGAACCCGUCUGAGAGACAGCCUGAGCUCGAUAGAUGGAGAAGACGCCAUUGAUAGACUUAGUUUUGGUGGAUCACUGCAGACGUCCUCUCCUCCGCUCCAACCCUCCUUUCGGGGCUCCUCUCCCUCCUCUGACCUCCUCCUCUCCUCCCAUUCCUCACGGAGAGACCGCUCCUUCACCUUUGACCCCAGCACUGCGGUUGUAGAAAAGGAGGCGCAAGAUGAAAGGAGGAGCUACAAGCACCUUCUGAACGUCCCUUCAAAGGAGACGUUGUCUCUCACUUCUUCUAAAUCCCCCACCAGACCCUGCAUCCAUUCAGAGACAUCUUCCCCAGCCCAUCUUUGCCAGACGGACCGUCUCAAGUCACGUGAGGGAAGCCAACCUCUUCUACACUAUGGAGAAUAUUCACAGAGUGAAGACGACAGCCACGACACUGGCCCCGAUGAACCGGGCAGUCCAACAGUGCUGCUGGACAAGAAAACCAGGAGGCGAUUUCUUGAUUUGGGGGUCACUUUACGCCGCACAUAUGGAAAGGUCAGGAAAGACAGAUCCAAUAGACUAUCAGCAGGAAAUCGAGAUUCAGAGAGAACAGAGAGCCGGUCCUCACGUUCCUCUGGUCCACCGUUCGUGCCUUUCUCCUGGUUCAGUGAAAGGAUGAGAGGCUCCGGCUCCCCGAAGAACACACCAUCCCCAACCAAAACUUUCACCCAGGGCUCUAGUACAGAUGAGGACUUGGAUUCUUCUGUGGGUUUACUGGAAGACAGCAGACCCUGUAAGACUGAGUCAUCACAACCCUAUCAGACCCUCCCUGAGCACUCAGAUGGGAAUGACUGUGACAGUAGUCGUAGCACAGAUUUCAGUUUUAAAAAGAAGAUGCUUUCUGCGGCUGGCAAAGACAGGACGGAACGACAAAACGGCAUCCAUGGGAAACGGGACAGUGGGAAAAAUGGACACAGCGAAGAUGGACAAAAAUUACUCACCACUUAAAGUUUCUAAAAGACUGAGUGCAGUUCGCUGCAGGUGCUGUUAUUAAUGUCAAACGUUAAGUUGGCUUUCACAAUGUAUUGCUGAUGGAUAUAUUAAUAAAGAUAACUUGCAAAAACC